GAGUAAUUUUUCAGCUCGCUCCUGGAGUGAAUGAAGUGGUCUUUACUCACAGGGCUUAAGUGGAGUAGGUCAGAAAGAAGACAUUUCUUCGGGGAAGAGGAGUGAAGAUAUAGCAGUUUCUGUUACCUAGUGUGUUCAGAAAUUAAAUACCAUUUUAAAGAUUAUCAGAGGGGGUUACUUAUUAAGUUUGAAAAUAUUGAAUAUAAGGUAUUAACUAUAACAGGAGUUGUGUUUCAAACUAAUUAACAAAAGCUGUUGAUUGGAGACGUUGUGGGACAGAAUGACUACCACCAUGGAGAAAUCUAAAAACUUUCGCAUCGAUGCGCUACUGGCGCACGACGUGGAACAGAGGACGGACAGCGAUGGAGCGUCCCCGGUGUUGUAUUACAGCCGGAGCCCCGGCGGCAGUCCGGUGUCAAACCGCGGCUCAGAGACGCCCUCCCCUCAUCCAAACCCAACAAACUCCCCUCCAGCACAGCCAAGAGUCCUAUCCAAAUCCGAGCUCUUCAACUUGUCCCAUUCAGGUUUCACUGCUCUGCACCAAGGAGGUCUCCUCGGAAUGCACCCGGGCUCCAUGUAUCCUCUGGCGGCCCUCGGAGGCCAGCACCACGCCUUCAUAUACCCCGGCUUCACGCAGCUGGUCCAACCAUACCCGGAGCAGUUGAAGGGGGCCACCGCCGCGACGCACCCGCUGGAGCCCUGGAUCAGAGCCGGGAUGAUGAUACCCAGAGUCGGAGAAUAUGGUGCCGCGGCCCAGGCAGGUUUGUUGGGGAAGUGUCGGAGGCCCAGGACAGCUUUCACCAGCCAGCAGCUGCUGGAAUUAGAAAACCAGUUCAAACUCAACAAGUACUUGUCCAGGCCUAAACGCUUUGAGGUGGCCACUUCGCUCAUGCUGACUGAGACUCAGGUUAAGAUCUGGUUCCAGAACAGACGUAUGAAGUGGAAGAGAGGUCGCAAAGCCAAGGAACAAGCAACCCCGACCUCCCCACUGACUGACAUAGACGGAACUGGGAUGGAUAUACACAGUGCCAAGCCUCAGAGUGAUUCACACAGCUCGAGCCUGGAGGAUGAAGAGGGGAUAGAAGGGGAGGACGAGGAUAAAAAAGAGGAGAUAGAGGUGCUGAGGGCAGGUUCUUUAGGCUCUGUAGGCUUCAUGAGGCAUGCUGGAAGAGGAACAGGGAACUACAGCUCUUACUCAGAGGAGGAGCUGGAGGAGGGAGGCCCAAGAACAAGGAAUGGGGUUUUCCCGUAGUUACAAAGUUCAGCAUGCUUUUAUUGUACAUCUUUUUAUGUUUAUAACUCUUGAGAAGACAAUAUACAAUGCAAUCAGGUGCACAAACAUGCUGGCAUAAAGAGGAUCAUUCAUUUUUUACAGCCCAACCCAUAGUGCCAUAUCUGUAUCUGGAGCUCCCAAAUUAGCAAAAGGGUAUGUCGACAUCUGCACAUUGGGCUGGAUAUGAAAACUGAUUACCUCAAACCAGGAUAAUGCCAUCUCUAUGUACCUGGACAUUUAAUGGUUUAAUGGUCAGUAAUCCAUCUGAGUUAUGACUUCACAAUCAACAAAUAAAUCAGACUUAUAAUGGGCAGUUUUGUGCAUGAUUUACUUGCAUGAUUUAAACAAUACAAACAAACUGAGAGCCUAUAUUCCUGUCCUGUCAUCUGCAAUACACAAAGUUACCGACAAAUGUACAGGUACUUAAACUGUAUGAAUGGUGGGUAAUAGCGCUUUCAUGGAAGGAAGUGGACGAAGAGAGAGAGAAAAAUUAACUUGUAGACUCAGGUUGUAAAGAGUGUCAGUGUUACAUUGUUAUCAGUGCGUCCCGGGCUGUUACAAAUGCUAGACAAAUAUUCCACCAAUAUUCGAAACGUUUCAUAUUUUUAAGAAGACUUUAAAAAUAAUGGAUUCAUAAUAACCCAGUUAAAGUUUUGGGGCAUUUUGUGUGGCAAGGAAAAUGCUACUAUGGCUUUGGUAGUACUUUUUUGACUAUAUGGUGAUCAAUUUUUGUUGUACAAUAUUCAAGUCUUUGUUUUGUAAUAUCUUCUUGAAACUGCAUGUUAGCUAUAUUUAGUUAAAGCAACACACACACACACACAAAUGGCUGCACGUGGUAUUUGAAAUGUACUAUUAAUAUGGCAUUUUCCCUGUAUUUUGUAAACUGUUCUCAUAUUAAGCAUGUUAUGUUGUCAAUAUAAUUUAACAUUAUAGAAUUUAAUAUAUUUCACAUUAAAAGCAUCACUAGUG